ACUCUACAUCAGCCAGCCAACAGGAUCCAAGUAUUAGUCAGUCAAUUCAAGUCUGUCAACUAAGCUGCUGGUCGAGGACAUCGACGUCGACGUCGAGCAAAGAAAGAAAGUAUCAAGCCUAGCCUAUCAUCAACUCUCGUCAGUCCGCGUUCAUUGCCUGUUUGUUCUAAAUACUAGGCGCUCAUCAACUCACCGUGACGUGAGACGUGCACCGUAAUGUAAUCAGUGAGGUCUUCCUGCAGCAGCGAUACCGACGUUGAGAUGAGCAGUUACUCAUCGUCAUCGCCAGCGUCGACCUCGAAACAGCAUCAACCAGCAGCAGAUCAUUCCGCAGUUGUAGACGUCGUCGUAGCACCAGCAGAAUCGAACAAUGAAAAUCUGGUAGGGCAAAAGCAGAAAAUCAAUACCAACGCAGCAGCAGAACCAGUAGUGCAGCAGAGGGAAACUAUCCUGAACGACAGUGGUGUGGGUGAGGGUGGCUACAGAAUGAACAUCAACGAGUCGGACGAAGGCGUCGUGGAGUCCCCGGUGCUGGGCCACUCGCGAUCGGUGCAGCAGAACGAGGAACGACUUCGGCGGAAGUUGCAGUUCUUCUUCAUGAACCCGAUCGAGAAGUGGCAGGCCAAGCGACGAUUCCCGUACAAGUUUGUCGUUCAAGUGAUCAAGAUAAUCCUAGUCACGCUGCAGCUGUGUCUGUUUGCGCACUCGCGGUACACGCACGUCAACUACACCUGGGACAAUACGAUCACGUUUUCUCAUCUGUUCCUGCGAGGAUGGGACAUUACGAUGGAGGUCAGUACGUACCCACCGGAAACCGGGCCGCUUUCGGUGUACGUGAUCGAGGACUUUUUCAAAACGAUCGACUACGCGAUCGACGGUUACGCGAACCUCUCGGAAGCGAUCGGUCCGUAUUCGUACCCCAACGAAGACAACACGAUGGCCCCGAUGCAGCUCUGUUUGUACCGCUACAAGGAUGGUACGAUCUUCGGUUUUAACGAGAGUUACGUGUUCAACCCGGAAAUCGAUUCGCUCUGCCUCGAUCUCGACGGAAACGUUACCACGAUCGGUAGCCGCAAGUUUCUGCACCAGAAAGAUAUCCACAUCAACUUUUCGGCCCUAGUCAAAGCCGAACUCAAGUUUGCCAUCAAGACGGUCAACUUCAAGGCCGCUGGACCGAUCACCUCACCGGACUGCUACCAGUUUGACAUCCAGAUCCUGUUCAACAACCAAGAUCACGACGGCCAGAUGACCCUCCGACUGGAGGCGGAACCAACCCGCCUAGUCUGCCACGGUGACGUCGAGUUCAUCAAAAAGUCCCAGUUUGACGACGCCCUCCGCAGCAUCCUCAACAUCCUGGUGAUCCUCAUCUGCAUCGUGUCCUUUGCUCUGUGCGCUCGCGCCAUCUACCGUGCCCAACUCCUCCGAAUCAUCACCUGCGACUUCUUCCAACAAACCUACACCAAGGAACUCACCACCCAGGACAAGUGGGAGUUCAUCAACAUGUGGUACAUCAUGAUCGUGUGCAACGACGUCCUGCUCGUCAUCGGAUCCGCCCUCAAGGAAGAAAUCGAACGCAAGCACUUUAUCGCCGACGACUGGAACGUCUGCUCACUCCUCCUUGGCAUCGGAAACCUGCUCGUCUGGUUCGGCGUCCUUCGCUACCUAGGUUUCUUCAAAACCUACAACGUAGUGAUCCUCACCCUCAAGAAAGCAGCCCCCAAGAUCACCCGCUUCCUGCUCUGCGCCCUCCUAAUCUACGCCGGCUUCACCUUCUGCGGCUGGCUCGUCCUCGGCCCGUACCACAUCAAGUUCCGUUCCCUCUCAACCACCUCCGAGUGUCUCUUCUCCCUCAUCAACGGCGACGACAUGUUCGCCACCUUCACGAUCAUGUCCGACAAAUCCCUGAUGUUGUGGUGGUUCUGCCGCAUCUACCUGUACUCCUUCACCAGCCUGUACAUCUACGUCGUCCUGUCGCUCUUCAUCUCCGUCAUCAUGGACGCGUACGACACGAUCAAAAAGUAUUACAAGGACGGCUUCCCCAAGUCCGACCUGCGGAUGUUCGUGGGACCGUACGACGCCAACGACUUCUCCUCCGGAGUGUUCCGCGACGACGACUACUACGAGUGCGAGCGGAUCACGUUCGUGCAGUCCCUGCGAAGGAUAUUCUGCUUCUGGCGGGCCGAACCCGAGCGGGGACCAACCGGGUACACCUCGCUGAUGCCGAAAUCGUCCACGCCACAGGCGGGAUCGUAAAUACUGCGUAAAUCUGUGUUUUCUUCUGUGUAGGUUAAUAAAGUUGAAACUGCGACCAAAAAAUGCAAAAACGAAAACAAUAUUUUGAAAUUGAUGCCAAGAACAAGCAUGUAUACAAAAGAUACCCUGAAACCACUGCGAUUUGAGCACAAGUGUUACUCCAAAUAAUUCUAAUAGUCGAAUUUAGCACGCAAAAGUUAAUUACAUUUUAAGAUGAUGAAACAAUAAAGAUAUUAAAAAUAUAUUGUACAUAACACUCGAUUUUGUUGCGUUCCAGACUAUAGUCUAUAGACUAUAGACUAUAGUACGAGUAAGGCAUUUGAUUUCCACCAGGAAUUGUUUAUAAUUUAGUCAAUUAUUGCAAACGAAAAUUGGGAGAAUAAAAUUUAUUAUAUUUGAAAACUGA